CGUCACUUCCAGUGCGGAUGUCGCUGCGGUCACAUCCGCCUCCUCGAGAGGAGGAGGAGGAGAAGGAGCCCCAAAGCUGCUGCUGGCCAAGCUGGUGCGUAAUGCAGAGCGCACGGAAAGGCAGCUUCGGGGGCUGUUUAGAAGGGGCUUUGAGGCGGAGGGUCGGGGGCGGAGGGGGCCAAGGGGGCUGAAGGCAGCUUGGGGGGACCCUUGCCUUCGGACUGAGCCCUUUUGGGGGGAGAAAGAGGGAGCCAGAGGGGCGCCAAAGCCACGAGAAAGAGCAGCAGACCGAGUCGCGCCCCGUGCGCCUUCUCCCAUCACUGUGCGCCCAGGAUCUUCCUUGGAACAUUUCCCAGAGACGAAGCACCGCACCGGGAUUCUCAAACCUGGCGCCGGAAUGUGGGAGGCGCACGUUCCGACUGGAGAUGUCAUAAAGACGUUGCUUCUGCCCGCCCUGUCCUUUCUUUCACCACCGGGCUCCUCUGUUUUGAUUCGGGAGGUCCUCCAGUAACCUUAACACACACACAGCAAGAGACCCUGUUCUGGCCCUUCCGCUGCCAUGAACGGCCUCUCCGUGAGCGAACUCUGCUGCCUCUUCUGCUGCCCGCCGUGCCCCGGGCGCAUUGCCGCCAAGCUGGCCUUCUUGCCACCGGAGCCGACAUACGCCAUCGUCCCUGAACCGGAGCCUGCGGGGUCUUCCUCUUCCGGUGGUGGUGGAUCCUCCCCUCGGAGUGGGGCCUUGGCCCGCUGGAAACUACAUUUGUCUGACCGGGCUGACUUCCAGUACACCCAGCGUGAGCUUGACACCAUGGAGGUCUUCCUGACCAAAAGCAACCGGGGGAACCGGGUGGGCUGCAUGUACGUCCGCUGUGCACCAGGCGCCAGGUUCACGGUGCUGUUUUCACAUGGGAAUGCCGUGGACCUGGGCCAGAUGUGCAGCUUCUACAUCAGCCUGGGCACCCGCAUCAACUGCAACAUCUUCUCCUACGACUAUUCGGGCUAUGGGGUCAGCACCGGGAAGCCCUCCGAGAAGAACCUCUACGCUGAUGUUGACGCCGCCUGGCAGGCGCUGCGCACCCGAUAUGGGAUCAGCCCUGAGAAUAUUAUCCUAUAUGGACAGAGCAUUGGGACGGUGCCCACAGUGGACCUGGCCUCCCGCUAUGAAUGUGCCGCCGUGGUCUUGCACUCGCCUCUCACCUCGGGCAUGCGGGUGGCCUUUCCGGAAACCAAGAAGACCUAUUGUUUUGACGCUUUCCCAAACAUCGACAAAGUGUCCCGGAUCACCUCCCCGGUCCUUUUCAUCCACGGCACAGAGGACGAGGUGAUUGACUUCUCCCACGGCUUGGCCCUCUACGAACGCUGCCCCAAAGCUGUCGAGCCCCUCUGGGUUGAGGGAGCCGGGCACAACGACAUCGAGCUCUACAGCCAGUAUCUGGAGCGGCUACGCAAGUUCAUCGCACAAGACCUGGCUGGGCAGCACAACUGAGCAUCCGUCCCUUUUCUGAAAGCGCAAGCGAAUGCCUCUGGAGCAGCCAAAUCCGUUGUUGGCGCUCUUCGGACCCGGAGGAGACUGGAGUCCCCUUUUUUCUAUUAUUGGGCAAUAGCCAAAGACCUCUUGAACAUCAUCCAAGGGCCAGACCGAUCAAAAGACCCUCGUCAAAAAGCUGUGCAUUGAGGAUGGGUUUUGUUUUAUUUUGGUAGCAUCAGGAUUGUGCAGUUUCCCCUUUUUGGACUCCAACCUUUCUCUAUUUUAGGGCCCCACGUUUUGAAGGUAACAGCUGUAGACAUCUUAAACAACAUCAUCCAAGGGCAGGACUGAACAAAAGACCCUUGUCGAAAAGCUGCGCAUUGAGGAUGGUUGUUUUUGCAACAUUGGGACUGCGCAGUUUCGGAUCCGUUGCCUCGUCGUUUUAGGAGCCCACGUUUUGAAGGUAACAGCUAUAGAGAUCUUGAACAACAUCAUCCAAGGGCGGCACUGAUCGAAAGACCCUCGACGGAAAGCUGCAUAUUGAGGGUGGUUAUUUUUGCAACAUCGGGACUGCGCAGUUUUGCCUUUUUGGACUCUGACCUUGCUCCAUUUUAGGGCCCCACGUCUUCAAGAUAAGAACUGCAGAGCUCUUGAACAACAUCAUCCAAGGAAUAAUCAACAGGAAUAAUCAAAAGGACAGGAAUAAUCAAAAGGACAGGAAUAAUCAAAAAGACAGGAAUAAUCAAAAGGACAGGAAUAAUCAAAAAGACAGGAAUAAUCAAAAGACCCUCAUUGAAAAGCUGCAUAUUGGAGAUGGUUAUUUUUGCAGCAUCGGGACCGCGCAGUUUUGGAUCCAUCGCCCCAUCAUUCUUUCUCAAUUUUAUGGCCUGCAUCCCGAUAGUAAUCGCAGGCCUCUUGAACAACAUCAUCCAAAGGCAUCAUUAACUUCAUUGACCCUUGUUGGAAAACUUGCACAUCACAGAUGAUUAUUUUUUUAGCACCGAGAGUGCGCAGUUUCGUGCUUUCGGAUCUCCGUUUUUGCCCAAUCUGAAAGCAGUUAGCUGUGGGCAGAGGGAUGCAAAACACUAAUGCCGUUCUGUGGGAAAAUGGGAGCGGCUUGCAAAAUAAGCUGGAAGGUGUGGGCACAGCACCCCCAGAGGCAGGAGGACUUUGGGACAUGCAGUGACUUGGACACACUGUGAAGGCUAAAAUUGUGGAAUGUAACACAGCGGAGCUACACAAGUUGCCGUUUAACAGGAGAAGGGGAUGAUGGGAGGUGUGUGUCUGGUUUACUCCGUCCACAACCGCCUCGAUUCUCCUGUUAUUUUUAGACAACACCCCCUUCCAAUGUGCAAAGGAGGAACUCUGUGUUUCAGUCCAAAAUUUAAGGGAAAGCCCCAAAGGGAAAGGACUUCAAUGCUUUUAAAUUUCGGACUGACAUGCGGGGUGAAACAGAACCGCCCUUCAUUUCCAACUCCAUCUUACUUAAUUCCAAGAGUAUAGGAACUUGGAGGGGAAAUUAGAGGGGGGGAUCCGCAUUAGGUUUCUUCCUUUCUUCUUUUCUUUUUUCUUUCAUUCAUUCAUUCUUUUUUGUGGAAGAUAAGAAGAAUAAAAGUUUGAAUCACCGGCA